AUUUUUAUGUGCAAUUAACAUCAAAAAAUAAUUAUAAUCAAAUAAAUCAAAAUAAAAACAAUCAAAUACAAAAAUUAAAAUACUUAAAUAAACUAAACUAAAAUGGUUCAUCUUACUGGGAUAACUGAAAUGAGAGAUGAUGAAUUAGAGUUUUAAUCAUAAUAAUCCGCAAAUGAAGAACGUGACAGAGAUUGUAAGGAAGAAGUGACUGAAGAAGAAGAACAACAAGAAGUAAGCGAUGAAGGAGCUGUGAAAAAAAUAUCUAUCAAAAAAUAAUAAAUAGAAUUUCCAUUGUUGGAAAAAUUCAAAAAACCAUUUAAAAAAUUACUUCCUGUUCCUUAAAAUUACUAGUUUGAUAAUUUUAUGUAAUACAAAUAAACUAUGUUCAGACUUGAAGAUGAAAACUAUUUCUAAAUACUCAGAAUGUCCUUGUAACAUCAUAUUAAAGAAAAGUUUAAAGAUUCUGAAACACCAUAAGAAGGUUUUUAUGUUGUUUCCAAUUAUUCAGUUGAAAGACCAAAAUAUGAAUCAGAAGGGUUAAUUUUUGAAGUUGUAACCUCAGUCAAAAUUCCAAGAUAUUAGAUAUAAAGGGCAAAGAUUCUUAAUAAUCAGAUUGUUAUUUUUGUGAGCUUGGAGACCUAGAGGAUUUUUAUUGGUAAAACUAUUGUAAAAUAGAACGUUAUCGAAUUUGUAGAUGACGAAGACGACGACGACGACGACGAAGAUGAUGAAGAUGAAGAUAGUAUUAAAAAUACAUAAACCUCGUAAGAAGAUGAAAGAGAGGAUGAUGACGAUGAAGCUAUAAAACAAGAUUAAUUUAAAAUAAUAGAAUACUAGCAAAAAUUUAAGAUUAAAAUGAACACUUUUGAUAAUUUAGAUGAAUUUUUAAUAAAUUCAAAUGAUAUUCAAACGAAGUUUAAAUUAGUAAUUCCAUCUGACUAUUGGGAUUCUCUCGAAAAAAGCUUGAACUGCUAGAUGUAAUUUAAACGUCUAAAUAACAUUGCUUUUCCACUUUAAACCUUGAAAGGAGAAAAAGGUUAUUCCUCUUUCCCUUAAUAUGAAUUCUUAAAAAAUGAUGGAGAUGUUGAGUACUUCAAAAGUUAUCUUGAGAAUGAAAUAUCAAAAGAAUAAUAAUUAGAUAAAUAUCAAAAGGUUGCUCUUAGACAUGCUUUGUUUAAUGAAAAUUCUAUUAUUUAGGGUCCUCCUGGAACUGGUAAAACUUUCUUGGCUAGUAAAAUUGUUAAUCUGCUUUAACGCCUUCAUAAUCAUCAUACACUCAAACCCAUACUAGUGAUAAGUAAGAAAAAUUUAAGUCUAGAUAAGCUUUUACUUAAGAUAUACUCUUAAAAUGAAAAUAUCAACAUUUUGAGACUUGGAGAGUAAAUUAAAAAAAAAUAAAUUCAAGAUUUUACUCUAAAAUGCCAAUCUGAUUAGCCUGUUUUUGAAUAUCCUUAAUUCUCAAAAGUAUAAGCUUAUAAAAUGAAUGAAAAAUUGCAUGAUUGCAUUGAAAAUAUCAAAAAGAGAAAAGAUUAAAAUAGAUUCUAAUAAGAAAAAGAAACUGAGCUUCCAUAAAAAUUUAAAACUUCUAUUAAGGAUAGAUUGAUAGGUUUAUUAAAAAAUGAACUUAAGAUAUCUGAUAAAGACUACAAUUUCGAUGAUGAGAUUCAAGAUAAAAUAUUUUCAAAAUGGAUGAAAGGAAAAUUAAGCUCUGAAAAACUAUUAAAAUACCUUGAUUAAGCUGAUAUUGAUUUAGAUGGAGAGUAAAAAGAAUACAUUUCAAAAUCUAUCAAUAAUUAGUAAACAGUUUAAGAAUUUUAGCUAUCUGCUGAUGAAAGAUCAAUUAAGAGAUAUUUGAAACAAGUUACUUUAUUUGAGCAGCUAUCAGUUUAAUUCUGUAAAUUCCUAUAAAUAAAUCGAGACAUUAUCGAAAUUGAUAUCAUCUAAAACGAAAUGAGAUAGUUUGAAUCUUCAAAAAAAGUUGCUCUUUUUAAUAGUAACUAAGAUUAUUAAUUAUAACUUGGUUAAUUUAUGAGAGGUUAUGAUGUUAUAGGAAUGACAUUUUCUGGUUAUCACAAAUAUUUCAAUGCUAUUCAAGAGCUUGGUGCUGAAAUAGUUCUUAUCGAAGAAGCAAGUGAAAUAAUUGAAAGUCACUUCUAUCCAGUUUUAACACCUAAUGUGAAACAUUUAAUCUAAAUAGGAGAUCACUAUUAACUUAGACCAUUAAUUAAAAGUGAUUCUUUGAAAUUAAAUUACAAUUACAAAAUGUCCUAUUUCGAAAGAUUAAUUUCAGUUAAUAAAGUUGAUCAUGUCACCCUCUACUAAUAGAGGAGAAUGUUACCAUGGUUUGCUAACUUUACUAGAAUAUUUUAUGGUAACAAAUACAUUGAUGAUCCAAAUACAAAGAGUCUUUAAUUUGUAAAAUAAAUUUCUAAAAAUGGAAUGUAUAUGCUCUAACACAGUUAUCCAGAUAAGCAGGAAGUAGAUAAAUCUUUUAUUAACACAUUUGAAGCUUAAUAUGUAAAAUUACUGGUAUAAUAUCUAUUAAAAGAUAAAAAAAUUAAAUAAAAAUAAAUCAGUGUUUUGGUUACUUAUAAAACCUAAAAGAUUUUAAUAGAAAGUUUGUUGCGUAAAUAGAAAUAAUCUAAAAAAGUUAAAACUUAUACUGUUGACGAAUUCUAAGGAGAUGAAAAUGAUAUCGUAAUACUUUCUUGUGUUAGAUCAAACAUGGAAAGUAAAAGUGGUUUUGUUUUGAAUGAUCAUAGAAUUAAUGUUGCUUUUUCUAGAGCUAAAAUUGGAUUUUUCUGCCUAGGUAACUUUAAUUAGUAUGCUCUAAAAAGCGAAACAUGGUAAAAAAUUUUAGACUUGAGCUAGCACUAGUUUUCUCUAGGUGCUAAAGGAGUAGAGACUGAAUAUAGAAAGCUUUCAGAAAAAGCACUCAAACAUGAAUAAUAUAUGCUUAAGGAUCAAGAAAAAAUUCUUCGAAAAUGCGGUUUAUGUUAAGAAAAAUCUCAUAUUAUUAACUGUACAGCUUAAAAAGAAAUAGAUACACCCUUUUCACUGAAUUAUAAUUAAUUUGAAGAGCUUCAUUAAAUUGAAUAAACAUAAUUUCCUUAAAUUAAAUAAGCAUAAGAAAUUGAAGUUGAUGAAAAUAAAUUAAUAAUUGAUUAACUUGCUCUAUAAUUUACAUUUAAAUCAAGCAAGUUGACAAAAAAAUAGAAAAAAUAAUUUUCAAAAUGA